AUGCCCGGCGUCCAUGAAGAUAUAGGAUCGGAGGUGAUCCCGAAUCCGCAAGAAUAUGCAGGGACAAUAUGUCCUCGACAAUUCACUCUUAGGGAUCGGGUGACCGUCGCAACGCUGGUGCCAUUCAUCUCGGUGGCUCAAGUCCCCCACGGUCUAUUGGGGUAUCUCUCUGACCAAUUGAACAAGGAGAUCGAAAAGGGCGAUACAUAUACCAUGAUUGACCCGAUCCCGCUUGAAAAGUUCGCGCCGUGGUGGUUUGCCAAUAUUGGCGCUGUUAUGCUCUUGGGCGAUAUUCAAGACGUACAUGAUGUCCAGCUUAUGGAACACAGUGGCACCGACUGGACAAAAGUGUGUCUGGGAAGCUUCAAUAUUAGACCGAAUUACCCGGGUCGUAGCAGUCAUGUGUGCAACGGUAUGUUUUUAGUCACGGAUGCCUCCCGUAACAAGGGUGUGGGUAAGUUGAUGGGAGAGGGUUUUCUUGAAUGGGCGCCGAGACUGGGCUACACAUAUUGCGUGUUCAAUCUCGUGUACGAGAGUAACAUCGCUUCCUGUCGCAUGUGGGAUUCGUUGGGAUUUAAGCGUAUCGGCAGGGUCCCGGGUGCUGGCCAUUUAAAGUCUUACCCAGGUCAAUUAGUGGACGGCAUUAUCUAUGGACGUGAUCUCAGCCUCGAGGGUGACGAAUCCAUCACCCAAGAGAGGUUCGAUAAGAUUCGUUAUUACUUGAAACAUGCCAAAUACCCCCGAGGAGCAGACCGUGCCGAAAAGAGUCGCUUGAGGAGCGCAGCAACGCACUAUAAGCUCAUUGGCGGCGAAGAUGGAGAGCCAGAAAGGCUGAUGCUCAAGGAUAAAGAGGUUGUCUCCGAUCCUCAGCAGCAGUACGAAAUAGCUCGGGAGGUUCAUUUGGAACAACAUGGUGGCAUUAACAAGACUACGGCUACGGUGGCAUUGAAAUACCACUGGGUCCGCAUCAAGGAGACAGUUAGUCGAGUUAUUCGCGACUGUCCUAAGUGCAAGGAGGCUUCCAAAGCUCCUCCUGUAUUGAAUGGCGGAAGAACUUCGGAACCUCCCAGUAUCAAGCCUAUCAGUGAGAUUGAGACUGCUGUUACGAACAGUCUGAUCUCACAUACGGAGCAUCUGAUGGCAGAUGCAACCCACGUCCACGCCAGUCCCUUCACAUCAACGCAUACGACCGAAGUACAUACAAUGGCAGAUGACAGCUUACCCGACUAUACGCAUCUACCCCUCGAUCCGCAAAUGAUUGAUAUGAACAGUCAUCUCUCCCGCUUCCAGCAUCAUCACAGUAUGUCCACGGGAUACGAUCAAAGCCAUGGUUUGCCUCAUGCGGUGUUUGAGGACGAGCUCAGGGCUCAUCACCACAAUGAAUAUCAAUCUAUGGUUACGGAUGAUUCCGAGGCGGAGGCGUUGCAGGGGGAUGCCUUGAAUUUGGUGAAUACACAGUUGACAGACUCGCAACAUGAACAGGAAAUGUUGUCUAGAUAUGUGGAUCGAUCUGAUGACGAGCUUGAUUUCACUUGA